AUGAUUAUCCUCAUUGCUGACUUGCAUGCCCUCACCUGUCAUCAACCACCUUCCCAACUGAAUGCUGCCAUCAUACACCUGGUAGCUGCGCUUUUAUCCUGUGGCAUAGAUCCUGUGGAAAACAUCACCUCUUCUCAAAUCAAAAAACCCGUUCUCUUCCUACAGUCUUCUGUUCCCGGCCACUGCGUGCUGUCAUGGCUUUUAGCCUCUACGUGCUCAGUAAAUGUAUGUCUUAAUUAUCUCGACACUGUUUAGCAUAAGCAGUAGCUCGGACAAACUAAUGUAAAACGUUAUGUAAGACGCGCAAGUAACUCCAGCCGCCCUAAUCGAAAAAAAUUAUUGUGUAGUGGGGGACGGAUCUGAUCACUCGCUGGCGGUGACUUGAAAAAGCCCUUAAAGCCAAAAUGAUGGCAUGUCGCUGCAGUGUAACUUGAUGUGACAUUAUAUGGAAGCGAAAAUCCAAUGAUAGAGCUUUAGGACAUACCAGUUAAGUUAAUCCCUCCCAAGUAGCUUCCAUUUAGUGUGGCUUUGUGGCUUUUAAAGGUCCCAACAGUUCUCUGACCUCUUAGUGUAGGCGCUUUCCACAACUAACUGUUCUUGAAAUUUUUUCCAAACCGUCGGCAAUACCUUAGUUUACAUUCGGGCAAAGUGCAAGUCCGUCCCCCAACAGCGCAGGGCUGCAUCCAAAUAUGAAUAAACUCCAAAAGGAUUUUAUGGGAAAUUACCCUCCACCAGAAUUACCGGUGACGAAGCUCCUAGUCCCCUUAAUACGUAACGCCACCUAUGGUGCCUCAAAUGCUAAUGAAUGUAAUAAUCUAUGCCGGAAAAAUUUCACAUGAGUCUCUUUUCAGGUUAUACGGGAGGGCGAGGUUGUACACCUUCACGAGUUUCUCUCAGUGUAUGAGCUUUCUUCACUUCUCAAUCUGAGUCGUUUUUCCUGGUUAUUUAUGCCCUAGCGUCUGGCCCACCUGCCUCAGUGGCGUGAAAAAUCUGCUGCGGCAGCCUGUCAUGCCGACCCAAACUCUUCCAACGCAACGGCUGCUGGAUUUUCGAACACCGGUAAUCCUACGGCUUCUGUCGGUCUCUUCACAUACCCUGUUCUGCAGGCUGCAGACAUCCUUCUCUACGACGCAGACCUGGUACCUGUCGGCGUGGAUCAAGUCGGCCACCUGGAGCUUACUCGAGAUUUGGCACGGGGUGUUGUUGCUCGGUGGCCCUGUCUUGCGCAGCAUGUGCGCAUUCCACGGAUCCUUCUCAAUGAAGUCCCGAAGGCAAGUGGAUUGUCGUGUCCUGUGCUUUUCUCUUGUCCUAUUUUAUACCUUACCGUCUCCGAAACGUCUAAUUGUUUGUGUGUGUUUACCAGUGUUUGGUCGUUUCUGACAGUAUAAUGUCUGGGUUCUACUGUUUGGAUACGUUUUUUGACUUGUCGUGGCGCUUGACAAAUGUUUUUUGCAUCGACUAUCCACUCUAGGUGAACAUGUGCGUCGAUUUUAAACACUUUGAUGUUGAAGUCGUCCUUCAUCCUGUCAUGACUAUUAUGGUUGACCAUUACCCUGGUCAUCGCCAACGAACGGAGCAUCGACUAAUGUCUUUUUGACCAGGGUUCUUGAACGCUGGUAACCCAGUCGAUAGAUCAUCUGAGCUUGAUUCACUACCAAAUCCAUGGAUAUAAACAGCCACCCCAUUUCCACUGUCGGUACUGGUAUAGUAACUUUGACGUGAUCUCUAAGGGACGAGGACGAACGUGACCGUUUCCAAUUGCCAAUUUUUCGGGAAAACCGGUACCCGUAGACGACUUAGUUAUAUAAGAGGUUGACCAAUAGUGGGGAAAGUUCCACAGUUACUCCUCGAGGCUUGCUUGUGUCUUCCUCAGCCAACCUUACCCAUAAACCAGUAUUUAGGACCGGACACAAACCACUGAGCCACUAGUUUGCUCUGGAGCGCCUACCGGGUGAGUGUUUGUCCAUGACAGGGCGAAUGAAUAUAUUAUUAACGCAGUAGUGUUCAGACGCUUUAGUUGCGGCUGAUUGUAGAUAAUGCCGGAGUACCGGUCUAUAAGGUUUCCGCUAGUUAUUAUUUGGCAGAAAACUAUCCCUGUGCGUGACGGUAAUCUAGGUGGGCAUUGUCUAUUUUGAGUAGGUCGCCCUUCCAGGCAUGAUUAACUCUCGCAGGUGUCAGCUGGAUAGUGCAAGUCCCAGUUCUUAGGUCAUCCAAGAAACUCAACUGGGUCGUAGCCUGGAGGACAACUCAAUAGAAGGAUAGCUUACUUCAGUCCUGAGACUAAACAGUCGGCGUCGAAGCUCGUCCCUCCGUCCCAAGAUUGUACCGGACAGCGACGGGUGACGCCUUGUUGAAUGGCGGACAAACCGAGUCAUGUUGUACUACCGCUAUGGCCUGGGCAAUCUUCUAUAGAUAAAUAAUUACCCAGAUCGGCGCCCAGCCUCGUUCAACAAUAUUGAGGCUAAAUAACCAGCGACUACCCACUCGUCAGAUCCUUGAGCCUGUUUGUUUCGUAGGUAGUCUUCACGUAGGGCCAUUGGUGGGCACUCCGGGCCUUCCGUAGCGGAGUGCCGUCUUUCUGUGAUUCCUAGCGUUCUCCUUCUCUGCCGCAGCUAUUUUGCCGAAUGUAACUUGGUGUCAAAGGAAGCCGGCAACCAGUGCGUUUCAUGGGAACAUCUUUUGGUGGGAGGGGGUCGACCGUUGUGAUAUUUUACCUGUUGUUCUGUCCCAUUUGAAGGUUUUUAACCUCCGCGACCCGAGUAAGAAGAUGAGCAAAUCACAGGGUCCCGAAGCUGGAACCAUUUGGCUGACCGACACCCCAGACAUCAUCCGUCAGAAAAUUGGUCGGGCUCAGACGGACUCACUUCGUGGUGUCUCGUACGAUCCUGUGGCUCGACCGGGUAUCGCAAACCUCAUCCAACUUUACUCUGCCCUUAAGGUUUGUCAGUAGUGUUUCGUAUCACCCUAAUAUUCACAUCUUAUCCACCUGUUUCCCUGUCAUCGUAUGCAUUUGAAACCCACUUUACCAUUCUAAUUUGGCACAUCUCAAACACAUUCAAAGUCAGGGCGUUCUGAAAAGGCCAUUCGAGUUUUGGCAUCUAUAGCCUCCGCCCGAGAGACAUUGUUAACAACAAUAAGUGACACAGGAGUGACAACUCCUGGCUUGUUUGUCGUCAUCCCCCGAGGGUAUUUCGCCUACGUUUUUGACCUGCAGCCGCUGGUUCCUUUGGAUUGAUAAGUACCCUGAAUUUCUUUUUUGUCCAUCCUUGCUUAUGCGUGCGGAUUAUUCGCACGAAUUCGCGAAAAUUAUGUGAGCAACAGAAAACUUGUCGAAGUUAAUCUCCCAGACCGUCGGUACGUGAGUUCCGGUACGGUAACGUAAGUAUUGCUACCGGUAGUCCGCAAUGACUUCUUUCGUUUACCUUGCAGCCGAGUUUGGUGAAUAGUUCACUAUGGAAAGAAUGCGCACGUUAGAAACCUCUAUCCCAGGACUAUUGAAUUUAGACGAAACUGAUUAGACCAAAUAUUUAACUUUUGUGUGCUCUGUGCAUUCUCCGUAUUUCCAUUGGAUUUCCUUCCAAACGCCGCCUCCAGGACACGUGCAGUCGAUUGUUCUGACUAGCGACCAACUUCAAGUCUACAAGACACAAAAGGAAACUGCGUCGCGUGCCUAGUCACGCACACAAAGUCGUGUGGACACUUCGAGAGGGCGGUUUUAUUAAAGUCAACGCAGUCAUGUCCACAGCCCGGAGGACCUGUAAAGGCUAUUGCCUUGUGGGAUUCUGGCCGUCAGACAGCCAGCACCUAUGCGAUUGAAUGCCUCUUCGAACUCCGGUCUCUCUUACUGCAACCUUGCCGACCGAUUUAAGAUCUUUCGAAUGACCGUAACGUCGUUCUUAAUGACGUUUUUACGGAACCGCGUCCAGUGGCUCGUUUAGCGCGGACUUCGCACAGCCACAACAUACUGAUUCUUCCCUGGUCACUAGGGCUUACGUUUGCAGAACUACUCGUCGGCACUGCGCCUGACUCAACUACACAUGUCUCCCCACCGAUCCCGUAGUAUUUCGUAUUUCCGUGUCCUCGUCUAUCUGCAUCUUAUGUUGGAAUUUGCGAUGUUUGGCGAUCAAAUACUACAGCUGCAUUAAGAGAAUUUGUCGAAAGCAAACGUACGCUCGCCAACUGGUCUUCUGAUUAUUGCCAUUGGAAUUUUCGCAACCUUGAGAAUUUGUUUACAAUUAAAUUUAUUAAAAUCCGAAAGCUAACAUUUAUUACCCCCCUCCCCCCCUACAUAUUUCUUCUAAUAGGGUUUGUCCAUUCAGUCUGCCGCAGAGGAAUUAUCACGUCUUUCAAAAGUUGAUCUCAAGGCAAAAGUAGUAGACGAGUUAGUUCGCGAACUGUCUCCAAUCCAGGCACGCUUCAAUGAGCUCACCUCUCUUACUGCAAAUCCCGAUUCUUACCUCCAUACAGUACUUUCGGCUGGAGCUUCUGUCGCUCAACACCUGGCCUCAGAGAAGCUGCGGAUAUUUUUUGAUGCUCUUGGUCUUCCAGGUCAUUAUACACCUCAUCAAGCUACAAAGAGAUGA